UCAACGUGCACAUGAUUUUCUGCUCUCUCAACAUUGCAUAAUUGCCCCCAUUAUCCUGCCGACCCGUCUAAUUCCUUCUCAAAACCAUGGCCUUCGCGCCUCGAAAGAAUGCACUUUUCACACGGCUCAUCGCGGCGGUGCUGCUGCUAGCAGCAAUGGUACCGUCGGCUCAGGUAGCCGUCGCCACAGCGGCCGCGUCUGCAAGCGCGCCGAUGAACGCCACGACUCAGUACCGCACGAGCGCCGCUGCUCUGGCGUGCAGCCGGUCCCCCGUCGCUGGCUUCGCGAAGAAGGUCACGCUCAAACCGGGACUCGUCUUCCACUGGAAGGUGGUGCGCGGGAACAUGCUCCGCGGGGCAAUCAUCGCGCAGGCGACCAGCGGCGCGAAGAACGGGUGGAUCUCGAUCGCGUGGACCAAGAGACCGGGGAAAAUGUACCCCGCGGACGCCGUCGUGGGGAACCUCCCCGCGCCGACCGCCGUUAAGGCGUACGCGAUGACCGGCGAGAGCUCGUCGACCGUCAAGCCGUCGUCCGCUUUUACUGUAACUGCGACGACUGUAGCGAGGAAAUCUCGAUCCACUGUUAUCCGGUUCACGCGCAGUGGCUCGUCCGGCCUGUCGCCGAUCAACUACGCAGGCAGCAACAACAUCGUCUGGGCUUACUCGGCCGCCUCCUCUCAGACCUUCGGCUACCAUGGGGCAAACUGGGGAUCGGCGACUAUCAAUUUGGCUUGCUGAGGGGCUCGCUUGAUAUGCUGAUUGGCAUCCCCGUUUGGAGGCGAUCUCCUUGGAGGCGCCACUGUUUGCAAUUGCGUGGUUUCAACCAUGUGCUAUAUUUCUUACGGGAUAGUGGAAUACUUGGGUCAAGUUGGGCUAACAUGCUACCUAACCUAAGUAUGUUGCUUACAUAUCCAUUAACGUUGC